AUGAAUCUUCCUGAUGGUAAUGAAAGACUUGAUGGCGAGUCUGCUCGUCUGAUGGCUCUUUCUGCUUUGUCUCGCCAUUAUAAGUACCAUGUCUUUCCUAGCUUCCACGGGCCAGAUGUCCGUAGAGGCUUUCUCAGCUGCUUACUGAAGGAGUUCAAAGAGAAAGCAAUCGACGUCUUCAUAGACAAUGACAUAGAGAGGAGCAAAUUGAUUGGUCCCGAGCUCACAGAAGCUAUAAGAGGAUCGUUAAUUGCAAUUGUCUUGAUCUCGAGGAACUACGCUUCAUCAACAUGGUGUCUGAACGAGUUGGUGGAGAUCAUGAAGUGUUGGGAUAAAGAUAAGCAGACGGUAGAGGUGAUUUUCUAUGAAGUGGAUCCAUCUGACGUGAAAAAGCAGAAGGGAGACUUCGAAGCUGUCUUUGAUAAAACUUGUGCUGAGAAAUCAACGGAUGACGUUGAGAGAUGGAGAAAAGCUUUGCAUAUUGUGGCUCAAAUCGCUGGUUACCAUACAAGUAACUUUGAUGACGAUGCAGCCAUGAUUGAAAAAAUUGUUACCGGUGUUUCAAACAAGUUCACUUGUUCUACAACAUCAAAUGAUUCCAACAGCUUGGUUGGGAUUGAUACUCAUAUCAGGGAGAUAGAGCCAUUGUUGUCCUUAGGAUCCGAUGAAGUCCGGAUGGUUGGUAUUUGGGGUCCUGCUGGAAUUGGUAAGACGACCAUCGCAAGAGCUUUAUAUAAAGAGCUAGUAAGUUUACACAUGCUGCUUUUAUUGAGAGUAUAG